AUGCCAGACCUCAAAGACUUCCGGAUCGGUCUAGCCCACCUCUUUGUCCUGCACACGAGCUGUUCGCUGACGAUCAACGAGAAUGCCAGCCCGGAUGUGCCCCUUGACCUGGCCGACACCCUCGACAGGAUUGUGCCCGAGGGGCGGCAGUACAGGCACCUGGACGAGGGCCUGGACGACAUGCCGGCCCACGUGAAGGUCAGGCGGCUUGUUUCGAGGGAGGACCGGGCUUUUCCCAAGGAUUGCCCUGGCCAUGGGGAGCGCUAG